AUGUCACAAUUAGCUCAUCUCUACGAUGCUCUCGAAGUCAUUGGGAAAGGAUCUUUUGGGACUGUUAGGAAAGUUAGGCAAAAAUCAGAUGGUAAAAUCUUGGUACGUAAGGAAAUUGAAUAUACCUCGAUGAAUUCCCAUGAAAGAGUUCAGUUAAUUGACGAAUUAAGGAUUUUGAAAGAUUUGAAACAUCCAAAUAUAGUUGAAUAUCAUUGUUUUGAUCAUUUAUCUGAAAAGAGAACACUCCAUAUCUAUAUGGAAUAUUGUACUGGAGGUGACUUGGCACAAUCAAUUGCUAGCUUUAAAAAAGAUCAAACUUCAGUUCCUGAAGGUCUAAUAUGGCAAGUCAUGCUUCACAUGUUGUAUGCAUUACAUAAAUGUCAUUACAAUUUCAAUGCUGGUAAAGUUAACCUUUUCGGUGUUGAUGUAAAUGAACCUCCAAUUAAUCAAAAACAAGUUGUCAUUCAUCGUGAUAUUAAACCUGAUAAUAUUUUCCUAAUAAAUUCUGGUUCUGAAACAAUUUUCAAAUUAGGUGAUUUUGGUUUAGCUAAAUUAUUAAAGAAUGAAAAUGAUUUUGCUAAAACUUACGUGGGUACUCCUUAUUAUAUGUCUCCAGAAGUUCUAAUGGAUAAUCCUUAUUCACCAGUUUGUGAUAUUUGGUCUCUUGGUUGUGUUCUAUUUGAAUUGUGCACCUUGAAACCACCAUUUCAAGCUAAAACACAUUUACAAUUACAAGCUAAAAUUAAAAAGGGAGUUAUUCCAGAAAUCCCUGACACUUAUUCUGCUCCUUUAAGAUCAAUUAUUCAUGAUUGUAUAACUGUUGAUCCAAAUUUACGACCUUCUUGUUUUGAUUUAUUAGAAAAUUUAUCCGUGAAAUUCUUAAGAAAAGAAUCUGAGUUAAUUGAAAAAUCAAAUAAUUUAAAUGAAUACCAAAAACAACUUUCAAUUAAAAAUGAUGAAUUAAACAAAAAAGAAGUAUUUUUAAAUAAUUUGGAAAGAAAAGUUGAAACUCAACGUAGCGAUCUUGAAGAUAACUUAAAAGCAAUGCAGAAAAAAUUUAACUUACAAAAGAAACAAUUAGAAGAUGAAUUAUUUGAACAGAUUGAUCUGACUAAAAAGCAAAUGGAUUUAGAAGCAAAAGAACUUAGAUUAAGUUAUCAAAGGGAAUUUAGACAUGUGGUGGAUAAUGAAGUUCAAAUUCGUUUAAAAGAAUUAAUAUCAAAGCAAUCUCCUGUGAAUAAUAAUGGUUUGAUUAGAAAACAUUCUGAUCCAUCCUCACCAGCAUCUCAAAAGGCACAUCCCGGCGGUCCAAGGAAAUUACCAUCUGAUCCUCUACAAAUACCCCAACUGUCACCGAUAAGUCCUCAAUAUCAACAAGCAAUUCAAACAUCACCUCAAACCAAAAGAAUCCCUCUUAAAACAAGAAAUGACCCUGAUUUUGAAACUCCAAAUAAUUUUUUUGUUGGUGGUACUAAUCCCCUUAAUAAAAAUACGGUUUUGGCUACAAGAGUUCAUAACAAUAACUAUAAUCUCGCUAAAAAACGUAUGGAAUUAGAUCGUAUGACUGGAAAAAGGCAUAUUCCAGAUUACGAAGAAAUGUAUCUUCGUAACAGGCAUUAG